UAUUAUCAUUAUCAAAUCUCUCAUAACAGAUUCUAAUGUACUUGUUUUCUUCGCCUUCUCUCCUAUUAUAUCAUUGACGUCGUCAAUUUUUAUAGCAGCCGCCGUCCGCCGUCGCUGACGACGUCGCUGCAGCCACCCACCGCCUCCUUCGGUUCCUGACCCAUCAUUAUCACGUUGUACGAUUCUAGACAAUCAAGCAUCCCAAGUAUGGGUCAGCAUAGCCGUCGUGAAUCCGAUCCCGGUCCAUUUCGAUCUACAAUCUCCGACGACCACCAUUUCUUCCGCCGUCACCUCCAAGUUCGUGACAUUUUCGAGAAGGAAAGCGAUCUCAUAUGGCCUUUCGACAAGAUCGCGGGCUUAGAUCGGGAAGAUAUACGGGAAGCGGCGUAUGAGAUAUUCUUCACGGCGUGCCGGUCGUCGCCGGGGUUCGGAGGCAAGACUGCUCUCACGUUUUACUCUAAUCAUGAGAACGGCGGCGAGGAUGGAUCCGGCGGCCAAACGGUGGCGCCGCAAACAAGUAAGGUGAAGAGGGCGUUGGGGUUGAAGUUAUUGAAGAUACCGUCGAGGAGGACGUUGUGCAGCACAAGCAGCGGGGGCUUGCCUAGUCCGGUGUCGCCGGUGAGCAGCGGCGGUUUCCCGAUAUCGUGUGCACUUCCUCCAGCUAAGCCACGGCGGCCGAUGACAUCAGCAGAGAUCAUGAGACAACAAAUGCGCGUGACAGAGCAAAGUGAUAGCCGAUUGAGGAGAACACUCAUGAGGACUCUCGUAGGCCAAACGGGGAGGAGAGCAGAAAGCAUCGUUCUGCCUUUAGAACUACUAAGACACGUAAAGCCCUCAGAAUUCAACGACCCUCAAGAGUACCAUUUAUGGCAAAAGAGACAACUCAAGCUUCUCGAAGUAGGUCUUCUUCUUCACCCUUCAAUUCCCACAGAAAAAUUCAACCCUUCAAUGAUCACAAGUCUCAAGGAAGUCAUCCACAGUGCAGAAUCCAAUUCUCUAGACACAACCAACAAAACCUCAGACACCAUGAAAACCCUCUGCAAUGCCGUCGCCGCCUUAGCCUGGCAAAACUCCGACAGCAACCCCACUGUCUGCCACUGGGCCGAUGGCUUCCCUGUGAACAUCCACAUUUACACUUGCCUUCUUGAGGCCAUUUUUGACAUCAGAGACGAGACUUCAGUGCUUGACGAGGUCGAUGAGUUGCUUGACCUAAUGAACAAGACGUGGUGCACGUUGGGAAUCACUAGGGCCAUUCACAAUGUGUGCUUCACAUGGGUGCUUUUCAACCAAUAUGUUGUGACUGGACAGAUAGAAUCUGAUCUGCUUUGUGCAUCGCAUGCGAUGUUGAAUGAGGUUGCUAAGGAUCAUGCGAAGAGUAAAGAAGGCACUAAUAAUAAUAAUAAUAAUAAUUUGGAUAAUGGUUUGUAUGUGAAGAUUUUGAAUUGUGUGUUGAGGUCAAUGGUGGGUUGGGCAGAAAAGAGGCUUCUGAAUUAUCAAGAGUUCUUUGUUCGUGGUAAUGUUGCACAGAUUGAGAAUAUUCUUCCUAUUUUUCUCUUAGCAUCUGACAUUUUGAGUAGUGAAGAUGAUGGAGCAACUCAGGAUUCAUCUACUGAUCGACUCGAUCAUUAUGUUAGAUCUUCUGCCAAAAAUGCAUUUAAGAAGAUGAUAAAAGAAGCAAAUGAGAGCUAUGCAAAAUCAGAGGUAGAAGUAGAUGCAAGAGAAGUGUUGUUGGGAUUGGCACAGGAAACAGAGGAAUUAGCAGUGAAAGAGAGGCAAAACUACAGCCCAGUACUGAGGAAAUGGCUGGGGACAGCAGGAGCAGUGGCAGCAUCAACACUGCACAGUUGCUAUGGGGAAGUGCUGAGUCAGUAUCUGAAUGAGGUCACAACACUCACAUCAGACACAGUUGAGGUGUUAGAGAGAGCUGACAAGCUUGAGAAAGUUUUGGUUCACAUGGUGGUUGAAAAUUCUGCAGAUUGUGAUGAUGGUGGCAAGACCAUUGUCAGAGAGAUGGUCCCUUAUGAAGUUGACUCUAUCAUCUUUAACCUCUUGAGGAAGUGGAUUCAUGAGUCUCUCAGCAAGUGCACUGAGAUUUUUGAAGGAGUCAAAGAAUGCGAGACAUGGAAUCCAAAGUCAAAACAAGAACCAUAUGCACAAUCAGCUGUGGAGCUUAUGAAGGUGGCUAGCACAGCGGUUGAAGAAUUCUUCAGAAUUCCAGUUGGAAUCCCUGAGGAUUUGGUUCAAGAACUUGCUGUGGGAUUGGAAACUCUAUUCCGAGACUACAUGACAUUUGUUGCAGCUUGUGGUUCAAAAAAGAGCUACAUCCCUUCCCUUCCACCAUUAACAAGGUGUAGCAGAGAUUCCAGGCUGAGCAAGAUGUGGAAGAUAAGAAACCCUUGCAGUUAUGGCCUUGAACAAGAACACCAACCAAUCCAUUCAUCAAACGAACCUCAUCAUCAUAACAGUCCUCAUAGCCAUCUUCCUCCUGCUCGUCCCUCAACUAGUAGAGGAACUCAACGUCUCUACAUUCGCCUCAAUACCUUACACUAUCUUCUCACUCACAUUCACGCCAUUGUCAAAGCUCUCUCUCUCCAUCCUAACCCGAAUCCCCGGCCUUUCGCCGAGACCUCGCACUUUGAGAUCCUCGUCUCCUCCAUCCACGCCGCCUGCCAACACGUCUCCGAGAUCGCCGCCUACCGUCUGAUCUUCCUUGACUCCAACUUUGUCUUGUAUGACUCCCUCUAUGUCGGCGACGUUGCCAACGCUUCUAUAGGUCCUGCAUUGAGAAUCUUGAAGCAGAACCUAACCCUAAUGCUUACCAUUCUGACGGAGAAAGCACAUGUAGUGGCAGUGAAGGAAGUGAUAAAGGCUACGUUUGAUGCUUUCCUUAUGGUUUUGCUUGCAGGAGGAAGCAAUAGGAUUUAUAUUAGGUCUGAUCAUCAGCUUAUUAAAGAGGACUUUGAGGGUUUGAAGAGGCUAUUUGUGAAUUGUUGGGAAGGAUUGAGAGUGGAGGAAAUGGUGGAAGAAGGUGAAGUAGUGGAAGGAGUGAUAGCUUUAAUGGGAGAAAGUACAGAACAAUUAAUGGAAGAUUUUAGCACCGUGACAUGCGAGACAAGUGGGUUAGGAGUAAUAAGUAAUGGCCAAAAAUUACCUAUGCCUCCAACAACAAGAAAGUGGCAUAGAGCGGAUCCAAACACAAUAUUGAGGGUGUUAUGCCAUAGAAAUGACAAAACUGCAAAUCAGUUCCUAAAGAGGACAUUCCAAUUAGCAAAGAGGAAAUGAGAGAGAGAGAGAGAGAGAGAGAGAGAGAACUUUUUGUAUUCGUUUUCUCUUUAGAGCACAAGUACAUACUUCAUUAAUGUGCCUUGUAAAUAGGAACAACUUACAACUUGGUAAACACUAAUAAAUAGGCUUUUUCAACACUCUAGAGACUAUAUAUAUUGCUGUAGUGAUAUAUAUGGAUUCUCUACAUAUAAAAAAAAAAAAAAGUGAAUGUAUAGAGUGCAUUCAAAGAGCAGAAAUGAGAUGAUGUGAGUGUGAAAAUGA